AUGUCUGCAGCUUACAAAUCCCUAGAGAAAUCGAAGGGAAAACUAGAUCAUUGUUCCCAGGAUCUCAGGAGAACAUGCAUACGCUGCUGUUGGACACAGUACAAAAGCAGCGGCCCCGAAACAGCGGCCCGUACACCAAGUCCGCAGCGUGGAUCUUCUGCUUGCAAAAAAAAAAAAAAAAGACAGCGACUUGUAGCGACUUGUGAGGGUUAA